AUGAGCGGUGCCCACGACGAGCCGAUGGGGGAAGAAAACAUGGCACCCCAUGAAGUAAGUAGUUUGCAUGACUGUUUAUCAAAAGAAAGUGAAGAAAGAGAGUGGAGUGGAGUGGCCAAGAUUCUUAGUGAGGGGCAUCGAAGAAUAAUGAUCAUAGUAGGUGAGAGUAAGGCCUCGAAGCAGGCCAAAGCGGACAUAGAAAGUGAGUGGGGCAGGAUGGUGGAAGCGGUCAGAAACUAUUGCAAACAACAGGCGCACAACCCAUCCGCAGGAGCUGCACUUACGAGUUCGAUAAAGAAGACGAUGGAAGAAAGAGGGAUUGAGAGUGAGGUGGAUUGGGAGGAAUACAUAGCCACAAUGGAGCGAGAUGGGGAAAUUGUAUCAAAACUAUGUGAUCUGUUGAAAGUGAACCCAUUGCAGAUCAAUGAUUGUGUCGGAAGCCUCCUCGAGCACGGUGGGGAGAACAAGUGCGCAGGUGUGCAUGACGAAUUAGACGCUUUUGGAUGUGAUAAUGUGAGACAAUACAGUGAAUCAUUGCAGGCGAACCCUUGUUCGAUUGGACCGCGAUAUGCGGAGAGCUGGAGCAGGCAGUCAAGGGCUUCGAAUUCGACAACUCCAAUGAGGGAAAACGCAGGUGCGGACGUUAACUCUCAUUUAAUUAAUUAUUUACGGGCUAUGACGUGUGCCGACCCAGGGGUUUUCAAAGGAGGUAGGAAUGAAAAUUUCAAAGAGUUCAUAAGGAAGUUCAAAAGAAGGUACGAAAAUAUCAUAAGCUGUGAGGCUACGUUAAUUGAUAUUUUGUCUGAUGAUCACCUUACGGGACGGGCUAAAAAUAUUUUCAUGUCACUGCCUCGUAUAGUCAGGGAGAGGGGCUUCGAAGCCGUCGUCAACGAGAUGUGCAAGCUGUUGGCGUGCGACUCAACGGCUAGCAGAAUGAGAGCCUUGAAUGAUUUAAAGCAUUUGAGGCUGCGACCCAACCAAGACGUGGCUGAGUUCUGUGUGGUGCUAGAAAAGCUAGGGAGGCAGGCGAACCCCGAGGGCACGUUGGAAGACCAUUCUAUGGAGUAUGCUCAGAUACUCCUGGAUAACCUAAGUGGCUGGCCCGAACAUUUCCAAUUGGUGGGAGCUCUUCAUAAGGUCGAGCCCAGGAAGGCAUAUGAAGAGAUAAAGAGCUUAGCCUUGAGUAUUGAGCAAUCUAAACUGAUCUUAGCGACACACAGGAAGGAUACCGUGCCGACGUGGAGGGUUAGGUCCGCACAGUAUCACGAAGGCAGGGAAGGAAGGGCAGCUCACUCGAUGGCAUCAACGGAACCAGGUAGGGAAGAAAGAAAUAAGGACAGAGAGCCGCGUAGCAGGGGACCAGUAGGCGAGUCGAGAAAGGCAGUCGGGUCACCACAAGAGCUGAGACAGGACUCUAGCAGUCGAGUCCCCUCAGAAAACAGGAAAUGCUACAGCUGCUCACGGUAUGGCCAUGUGGCGCGGGAGUGUCCACUACGAACAACGAGGGUAAAUCAAAUUGAGCCCAAGAAUUCGGCACCUACCCAAAAGCAGGAAACGCUCUCAUCAAUCAUCAAACAAGCUAGGUGUAUGGGAGUGGCAGUCAAAGAGAGUCCGACUGAGACAGGGGACCUUAUAGGGCAACGGAUCACAGUGCCCUUGGAAGUGAAGGGAGAAAGAUGUGAAGCAUUAGUGGACACCGGAUCCAUGAUCAGCAUUGUCCCGGUAGGUCUGCUGGCAAGAAUUCAGGACAAGGGAUUUGAUGUAGAUUCGUGGACAAUGAUACCCAAGUCUGAACUAAGACCGGUUUUCGAUGCGUCGAAUAAUAGAAUGAAUUUUCUAGCAGCUGUCUAUAUAAAGGUCACAGUAGCUGGCGGAGAGGCACAAGAGGUUGCGUUCCAUGUGAGCCCACAGAAGGGAAGUGAGGUGAUACUAGGAACAAAUGCGCUAAAGAGACUAGGCAUUGAGGUUUCGAUGGGAAAACGGAAAGCAAGCACCCGAGAGGAAGAAAGUGUUAACAAGGUAUUAGUAGUGGGAAGACGGUAUAUACCACCCAGGGACAAAGCACUUGUGGAAGUAUUCUGUGAGGGAGAGGAAAGCUGCACAUCGGAAAAGGUGUUAUGGCCAAGCCGGCAAGGUAUGGCUGCAGGGGUGUACACCAUCAGGGAGAAAAAAACGACAGUGCCCAUACACAACAAUAGUAAUGAACCCAUGCUGUUGAAAGAGGGUGACCAAGUAGGGUACUGGGACACAGAUAAGUGGCAUGGUAGUUGCGAGAAUCCGCUGAUGCCAGUUGAGGAAGAAGAUAAGCUAACGGGUCCCGAAAGGAUACGUGAACUUGAGGCGCUUAUUUCUGUGAACAUGGAAGGAGGACAGAUGGAUCGAGAUGUCCAGAAGUUAGUUAAGGAUUACGCUGAUGCAUUCUCGAUUUCAGACCAAGAACUUAGCCAAACUGAUUUAGCUUAUAUGACAAUCGAUACAGGGAGUACCACCCCAAUCAAAAUGAAGACAAGACCGGUACCAUUAGGUGUACGGGCAAAGUUGAAAGAACUACUGGCGGAUUUGGUCACAAGGAAGGUGAUAGAACCGAGUAAAUCCGACUGGGCGUUCCCUAUAGUUCUGGUGGAAAAAAAGGAUGGGUCCAUCCGGUUCACUGAAUCUCCAACAUAUACGGCAAGAUGUGUUAGCACACAAACUACCCCACCAGAAGAAGGAGUGGAAAUGAAUGCUAAAUUGCCA